GUUUGAUAAGUUCUAAGCUAAGCGUAGUCGAGUUUUUCUUCUACUGCAGUUGUAACUUGGUUUCGCAAAUCGAGAGAGCAAAACGGAAAAAUGCAUCGACGAUCGAUUUGCAAAUUGCUUCUGAGACACCACCGCUUCUCCAAGCUCUCUUCCCUCAACUUCUCAACUCAGCGCGUUUUGCACUCCACUCCAUUUCCAAAACCCACCACAAAUUUCCACCCUACUCCCUCAAACUCACCGACCCAGUUCAUAACUCGCCGCCAAUUCAGCGGUUCAGGUGAUUUCGAUCAGAAUAAAGAGGUGGACAUGAUCAAUCUCAAGUUUGCAGAGGCAAGGGAGGAGAUAGAGAUGGCCAUGGAGUCCAAAGAGACCGUCUAUUUUGAUGAAGAGGCUGCUUGUGCUCGCACUGCUGUCAAUGAAGUUCUCGACAGGUAUGAAGCUUUGUUGGCCAAGUUGACGGAAGACAAAAGGGCUGCACUGCAGAGGUCGAUGGGCCUCAAGAUUGAGCAGUUGAAGGCUGAAAUCGAACAGCUCAAUGAAUGAUAAUGAGGUUGGUCCGUAUCGGCAUGAUGAACUUUCAAUUUGUAUUUCGGAUUUUUGUUCACAAUUUAGGUCAAGAGCUUAGGGGUGAACUUUUGAACCAUGGGUGUUUUCUGUUUUUCCAUGACAUAGAUGACUACACAUGUUGCUAAUUAAUUCUGGAAAUUGAUGUAGCUUAUAUUGUCAAUUGCAUUUGGGAUUAAAGAAAUUGCUGAUUGUCCUGUGAAUUGUUCAGUAACAUUGUCUAUGAUGCUUUUUGUUUGUUUGGUGA